AUGGCUUCACCGGCUCCGGUCGACUUUUCUUUAUCACCGGCCAUUGACGAAUCGAUCUUGAUGAUCUUAAUCUUGCGAGAAUUGGAAUGGUUGGCGAAACACAAAAUAUCGUUAGGUGUAGCAUGUGGGCUCGAAUAUCUACACAAGGGUAACAGUUUUAUAGUUGUUCAUAGAGAUUUAAAGCCUGAUAAUGUUCUCGUUGAUGAGAACAUGGAAGCCCAUAUAUCAGAUUUUGGGCUUGCGAGAUCAAUCUCAGAUGCUAACACAAUCAUGUCCGCCUCCCUAGCUGGAUAUAUGGCUCCCGCGACCUUUCGUGGGACUCAUUUGUCAGAAAAAUCUGAUAUGUAUAGUUUUGGUGUUGUGUUGGCAGAUUUGGUGGUAGAGUUUCCUCUUUUUGGAUCUACAGAGUAUGCCGAAAGGCUUUGGAUAGGUCUAUGA